AUAAGCUGCCUAAGGCGCAGUUCCUUCGGUAUGGGUGCAAGCAUGCGAGCGUAGUGAAGUUGUAGAGGUUGCAAAGACUGCCAUGCUAGAAGUUUUAUUUCAAGUGAUUUUAUGCUCUUUUAUGAACAGAGAACAUCAAAGUUUAGUGUAAUGGAUACUAAUUCGAAAUCAAAAGCUGAUGAUAAUUUAGCAAGCGAAAGAUCCCUGCGGCGAUGCACGUGUGGUGGUCCUCGAUACGACUUUUAUCAGAAUGUUUCGAAGUCCAUGAACAUGGUAUCUACAACUCCUCGGAUUUAGAAAUUCAUAAAGCUUGUCUCUGACUCGAACCCACCACGUUUCACAAUGAAUUUGAUAAAAGACUUCAAUUCACGAUCCAGUAAUCCAGUUUCCAGAAAUAAGUUGCACCUUCAAAUUUCGUUGCAUAAAUGUUUGGUUUUACUAUGUAUCUACUUUGUCCGAACCUCGGCGGAGGAUGGACAUCCUGAGGUAGAGCACCCUGAUCAGGAGGUGAAAAUUGGGAACUACUCUCUCCAAGAAACAUUUCUCCAAGAAAGAAAACUGACACCUGACGAGUUCCAAAAGAUUCUUUCUGAUCAUAAAAUCAUUCCAGAUUGCAUUGAUACGUCUCCAAACCAAACAGCCCAGAUUCAAUUCUUUUAUGGAUACAUUGUAAAAUUAGGAAAUCUGAUUCCACCAGAAAAUAUAACGGACCAUUCGCCGCAUUUCGUAAAAUGGCCGGGGACGUUCAAAGACUUUUUCACUUUGAUAAUGGUAGAUUUAGACGAGCCCUCUCGGUCAGAUCCUAAUAAGCGCGAAUGGCUUCACUGGAUGAUAGUCAACAUUCCAGGAUGGACGAGGUACUUAGGUGAACUCAAAUGUAGAUACGUCCCUCCUCAACCAAAAGCAGAAAGUGGGAUACACAGAUACGUGUUCAUUGUAUACAAGCAACCGGAGAAGCUAAAUUUUACUGGUUUGAAGCUGAUUAAUGAAACAAAGCACAAUGACCUCAGGAGAGGACACUUUUCAAAUCGCCAGUUUUCAAAGGAGUACGGACUAGGUGAUCCUUGGGCUAUUAAUUUCUUUCAAGCCAAAGAGUACGUUCCACCCAAAGAUGGAAAGCCUCAAGAAGCGGGUAGGCAAUUACCCUUCACAAUUGCCGUAGCGGGCCCUGGAAGAGGUCCUUAUGCCAGAAUUUGGGGUUCAAGUUUGGCCCCUUUCUAAUAAUUCACUACAAACCCGCUAGUUUCAUGCUUAGGCCGCCUGUAUAUACGAGUAUGUUGUAACUGCUGACUAUAUACCUCGACACUGAAAAAAAAUCUUAAAUUUUCCGCCAAGGUAUUUUUUUCCUGGAAUCAAGAAUGAUGCUGCUUAAUUUAAGCCACUGUUUCAUUAAACCAAGCACGUUUUGUCUUAUUCAUGGAAAAAUUCAGCUUGAAUAAGUAGGAAAACAACUCUUAGCUGCAAUCUCAAGAAUCAUCAUGCUUAAAAGCCAAGCACUCUUUUUUCAGUGGAUUCGUAAUUGUGGCUUACUGCUCAUUAUGCGUAAAGUACGUUAAAUCAUCAAAAGAGGGUUAAAAUUGGAUGCACAUACACGAGAGAUAAGUCCAUCUGUGAAAAAACUCAAUUUCUGUUUAUUUACUGUGUUUUAAUUUAAUUAAUACGGCAUUAUCGUGUGUAUUUUAAUUACUUACUAAUAGAUGCUACAUUGUUCACAAAGUGGUAAAUUGAUGGCUAAUAGUACUUAUGGAUUUUAUCUGUUUAGUAAUUUCAUCCUUUAUAUAAAAUGUUCAUGUACAAUAAAUAUAAUCCGAGUACUUUAUGAAUUUA